GCCACUGUGGCGCCGAGUGUUUGGUAUAUCGACGUCAGCCUCGUCCGGGGAACGUUUCGCCUUCUACGACUCCGAUUCCCUACAUUCGUCCAACUUGUCUGUUUUGUUUUUCUCUCUGACUUUCCUACACGAUUAGACUUUUUCCUGUGCUAAGGACGGUUUGCAUCCGUCGAAGCCCUUAUGUCGGCCGCCUGAAUGCGAAAAGCCAUGUUCUUUCCAUGAUAUUCCUUGCCACCAAGACUCGAGUUCAACCAGCUCAUUCCUUUUGACCGAACACGUUGCAGGGGCGACGAGGUUUCGUGUCUCUUCCGGAUACACUAUUCCUUUCUUACCUUUGUCCCUACUGUUCCUUUCCUCUGCGUCAGCUCAGUAUCAGGAUUUAGGACGACAUGGAUUUUGAUGCCCUUCGGGCGCGGACCCUGCGGUCUGGCGCCGAUGAGGAGGCUGUUACAGUGAAUACAAGAGCAUUGAUAGACAAAGUGUUGGCCAGAUAUUCGGGCGAAUGGACAGUAUUGAGAGAACUGCUACAGAAUGCGGCAGAUGCGUCGGCAACAAAAGUCAUCAUCAAAUUCGAGACAAUACCCUCCGCCACCGUGCCUUUACCUUCAGAAUCUUCGCCAUCCAACCUCUUAAAACAUACCGUGCAACACCACACACUCAAACGGCUUGUUGUGACAAACAACGGGACGCCGUUCAGUGAAAAUGACUGGAAUAGGCUCAAGAGAAUUGCAGAGGGAAACCCGGACGAGACGAAAAUCGGUGCUUUCGGCGUUGGCUUCUACUCAACCUUUGCGGAUUGUGAGAAUCCUUUUGUUUCCUCUGGAAAGGAAGCGAUGGCAUUCUUUUGGAAGAAUAAUUAUCUGUUCACAAGACGACUACAGCUUCCUGAAUCAGAGACAACACCUGAUACGAACUUUGUCCUCGACUACCGUGACACCACAUCUCCUGUUCCCCCGUUACUCCCUCUUGCACAAUUCUUGGCAAACAGUCUUACGUUCGUUGGUCUAGAAAACAUCGAACUUUGGCUAGAUGAAUGGAAUGUCCUUUCUUUGAAGAAGAAGACCUCGCCCAGUCUGGAACUGGCCAUUCCAAGAAACAUCGAACCCAAGACUAGUGAAGGAUUCAUGAAGGUGACCAAAGUCUCCAAAGAGAUCGCCCAGAUUGACGGUCAGUGGAUGGCCGUCAUAGGAUGGAAGGCUAAGAAAGACACGAAUCGAGCGGUGGAUCGUGAAGCCGGUACAUCUUUGAGGAAGUUUUUCUCACGGUUAGCGGGAACCGUGCAAGAAGAGAGUCAGCCCGAUACCAAGCCGGAGCGGUCCCAGGAUUCAGACCUUCUGACGUCCAAGGUUUCAGCCACUGUGUUUCUCAACGUCAACACUGCUACCAUCAAGACCUUUACAGGUCAAAAGUUCAACGAGGAAUUGGAACGUGCUACCAAGAAGCCUCCACCGAAGUUCACCAAGCUCGCCAUCCUGACUGCCCCCUAUAUUGAAGAUGGAAGCCUUAAGAAGGCAUCUGCAGCUGGUGAUGUCUUCGGUACCGUGCUGCCCAGCAGAGGCGGGAAGAUCUUCAUCGGGUUUCCUACGCACCAGACAACAGGUUUGAGCGCACAUAUUUCGGCUCCUUCAGUAAUCCCUACGGUCGAGCGAGAGUCGAUUGAUCUGAAUGCUCGAUACGUCAGGACCUGGAAUGUGGAGAUGCUGCGUGCUGCAGGAAUUGUUUGCAGAAUAGCCUGGUCGUCUGAAAUGCAGGAGCUCAAGGAGAAGAUGCAACGGGAAGCCAAUGGCCGCUCGAAGAUCCGCAUCGAGGAAGUCUCUCCAUUCCUUGACGAAGCCAUCACCGUCUUCAAGAACUUCACGUUCCGAGAGUCAACCCCGUCCCAAUCUAUAGGACAACUUCUGGAGGAUGCCUUUUGGACUUGCAGUAAAGAGGCGUCCAUAGAGGUGGUCUCCACCUGUGGCGUUUUACCCACCCACCAAGUGCGUGUUGCUCCGAAGGACUUGAGCUUUAUGGAGGGCAUUCCGAUCAUUCCGGAAAGGUUGGCGGCAGAAGCAAAAGAUCUGGUCAACAAACUCGUCGAGUUCGGGCUCAUUACCGAAGUGACUGUUUCGGAUAUCAAGAAGGCUCUGGAAUCCAAUCCUCUCACUCCACAUCAGGUGUCAGAGUUUCUUGGAUGGCUGACCAAGCAGUCUACCCGUGGUUCCCUCGACAGAGCGACAGUGGCCAGUUUACUAGGGGUUGCAGUUGCUAGUGAUGAGCAGCCGGAGGGCAGAACUAGUCCUCUCCUUCCACUGGGAGAGAUUCGUCAUUUUUUGAACCCUAGUAGGACUCCCGUUGACCUACCUGUGCCGCCUACAGUUAUGCCUUUCAAGUUUACAAAGAGCAUGAGCAAACAUGAGCUGGAAAGUUUGGGCUGGGAGGAGCUACAGCUCGUGACUUGGGUCCGAUGGCUCAUCAGCCAAUCUGGUAACCGUCAAAUUUUGGCGGAAGACCAGGACAUGACGAGAUCGCCCGAGUUUAGCGCACAAGUUCUGCCCAUUCUGUCGAAACAGUGGGACUCUCUUAGCCAGCCGUCCAAGACAGCUCUUGUGGAAUUGCUCUCCAGGCACACAGUCGUUCCGACAAAAUUUGGUAUGAAGAAACCUGGCGACUCGUACUUCCCCAAUGUCAAACUCUUCGACGAUCUGGCCACGAUCAAAGGUCUUGGGAACGUCAAGGAUAAAUUUUUAGUGGCGCUGGGCGUACGCAAGACCGUGGAAUUAGGUGUCGUUUUCGAGCGACUAUUGUCACUAGAUUCCAAGGUUCCCAAAACAGAAUCAGGAGCCAAACCUCAAUGGAGUCAUGUCGACUUGAUCCACUAUCUUGCUUCUGUGCGGGAAGACAUCCCAGGAUCUGAUAUUGCAAAACUCAGGAGCACGCCGAUCUGUCCAAGACAUGUCAAGGACAAGGAGGACCCCGACUCUUCGAAACGGUACAAGGUGUCUGAAUUGUUUGAGCCGCGUCCGGACUUACGCGAACUGGGUCUUCCAGUACUGGCUUGGCCUGGUGUUUAUCGCAGCAGCAGCCCAGAGGGGAAAUUCCUGAGUUCUCUCGGUUUGCGAACGACACCCGGUGUGGAAGAGCUUGUUGCUAUCAUGGCCCGGGCGGGCAAGAAGGGCUCUACACAGGAUCUCGACCUGCGAGACCGGACUCUCGCUUACUUCUUGUCACAUCACCAUGCUUAUGGAUACAGCGCAUUUGACUAUUCACGCAUCACGAAUCCUUUCUUGCCACUUGAGAACAAACCUGACGAGCUUGCUACCCCUUCUCAAUGCUUUGCCGAUGAAGGCGCUGCCCUUCUUGGAUUUGACAUCCUGAAGCGUGACUGGGUACCUCAUGCAACCAAAUUUGGUGUAAGACUCAAUCCGCCAAUGGAUGUCUGCAUCAACGCUCUCGCGAAACGACCCCCAACUAGCUACCAAGAGGCUCGUGCCAUCUUCGCCUAUUUCGCGGGUCGUUUGAACGAAAUUAAUAUCAGCAACAUCCCUAGGUUGAAUAACCUGGAUUUCGUUCCCAUCUUCCCAAAGAACAAAGAAAAGUCUGCUCCGAAGGCUUACACGUCGCCACGGAACUGCUUUCUAGGUGAGAGCGAUGUCUUUGGCGAGAUUUUCCACUACGUGGAUUUCGGGUUUGAAGGCAACGCUUUUCUGAUUAAAUGUGGCUCGAAACAAGAACCAUCCAAGAUGGAGAUUGCGCAGAUCCUAGUCAGGGAGCCCGCGCGCAUUUCUGCCACUUUCCGCAACGCGGAGAAAUAUAUGGCCCUGCUCCGUAGCAUGGCUGAUGAUAUUAAGACACUCAAAAAGAAUAAGGAGCUUUUUGCAGAAAUGAAGAAAGCACCGUUCCUACUUGCCAGUAAAGAACUUCCCGCGCCUCCAUCCUCAGCCAACAAGUCUUCUGGCGCCGGAGACGAGGCUGACAGCGUCGACGAGGAAGAAGCUCAAGGCAUACGUGAAUUCCAGCUGUGCAGUGCCCAGGAUGCGAUCAUCAUUGACGAUUACUUGAACUAUAAUCUGUUCAAAACGAAUAUCCUUGCUGCGCCCCAGGAAGAAAGCCUAGAGGAUUUCUAUUUUGCGCUCGGCUCGCCGUUACUUAGUUCGUUGGUUGAGGAAGCAGCGCGGCACGGUCCUAGGUUGGCCGACCAAAAGCCAGCUCAGAAGUUGCAGAAGCAAAUCCUGGAGAGAUCGACCUUGUUUCUGCAUGAACAACCUCCUGACACCAUAAAACAUGACGCGAAGUGGCUAGAAAAGAACCUGACCGUGCAACUAGUUUCGUCUAUCUCUCUGCGGAGGUCACUACGAGGUCGGAACAUCAGCCACACCGAAAAGCGCAGUGCCGUCGUUACGCAGGUCAACCGCGAAUACACGCUGUGGAUCGCUGGGGAGAAACCGGAUUUGUACCAGGUCAGCCAGGCUCUCGUGCAUAUCCUGCUCACCCGUCCGAAACUGCAUUCUGCAAUCACACUCGAAAUGCUACUGAAGACGGACUUGCUUGACCUCCGUGCUCGUGGCUUCAACGUUUCCCGUAUUCUCCGCCAAAAAGCCGCUGAGGCGCGACUCGCAGAAAGUAAGCGACAACAAGAGCUGGAGGAGCAGCAGAACCGGAUUCAGGAAGAGGAAAAGAAGUGGCAGGCUUCACAGCAGCAAGCUGCAAAGGAGAAAGCACAGCAUGCUCAACUGCCAGGCGGAUUUCCCGACUCCCCAGACCAUACCGGCUCCCAGCCAGUUCCGGAGCAGGACACAUUAUCCAUCGACGGCGGGGAUCGCAGAGGGCAGGGUCGAAAUCUGUUUUCUAACCUCUCCCGCCAGCUUGGUUUAGGCAGCAAUCGUCAUCUUCAAUCCAUGCUCGGUCAGAAUGUUGCCAAUGGGCCUGAACAAGGCUCCCAGAGAGCACUGACCCAGGGCGAGCAAGAUCCCCCUCCACCCUACCAGUACGACCAGCAAGGCGGAGGCCAACAAGGACCGAAUGAUCCCAUCACGGCCCCUCAUCGAUUACGCGAGAAUCUGCUUAAUGCCAUCAAGAAAUCUCGCCCUCAUAACUCGUCAGACUUGUACUCUCGUGGAGAGACCAAUGUGCUGUCGGAGACCAAAUCAUAUUGCGACGAGCAUCCUGCGCAUGACCUGACGUUUGUGGCGGACAUCCAACACGGGAUCCAGAUGUACCUGUCUCCCUCGUCGGUCAGUAACUCAUCCGGAUUUUUGCAACAGCAUUCGGCUGGUUUGACGGGCUUUGCCACCCUCCUCAAAUCUGUGGGUGAAAUCUUCAGCCUGGAUCCAAGAACGUUGAAUAUCUUUUUCGAAACCUCGGGGAAGACCAUUGCCUUCAACCGCAACGGCAGCAUCUUCUGCAACUAUCGAUACUACGAGGAACUCCACGAGCGCAGCCUUGCAACAGCAGGCAGCGCCGCGAAUGCGGCAGACGCUUAUGCCGACGCGUUCGUCUACUGGUGGGUCAUCCUCUGUCAUGAGCUGGCGCACAAUCUGGUCGGCGACCAUAGUUCCGACCAUAGUUACUACACCGAAGGCUUUGUGGCACAAUACUUUGGGCGUGUCAUGAAGGCUAUUGGGCAACAGCAGGGGCAGCCGGGAGCACGGCGUCACACUGCGACGGCAGAACGGCCUCCACUGGUUGAGAUAUGACGAUUGUCAUCAAAGUAGUGGACCUUCUGAGCCGGAUUCCCUGGAAAGGUUUUUCUUUCUUGGAUAGGCAUGGGAGUUUCGAGGUUCGAGGUACAAACGGGCUUCCUUGUUCGGCGGCAUCACCGGUGCAUGUGCAUAAACUCGGUAUGGUCUUGUAUUUGUUGUAUUGUUCUGCGUUUCAUUGCGUUGUCUAUAUUUCUUUUGAGCGACGAGCGUGAAGGGACUUGAAUGUGCACGAGGUGUGUAUGUUUGCUUCUGUGAGAUUGGUACCUGCAUGUUGGGGGGUUUUUCGCCGCAAGAAGCCGCGACAAACCUUUAAUGCGGUGGGCAUCUGGAGUUAUUGGGAUAGGGAUCAUGAUUCCGAGGACUGUUUACGCUCUGCAUUGGCAUACACCGUGGUGUGGUUGAUGUUCUCUUUGCUGCUCCUACACGCCUCUCAUUCAUAGGACUUCUGAAAACCGCGUUUCUGGUUGAUUAGGGUAGAUACCUGAUAGAAUGAUGGUCCAACAAGACACACAAUGCAUGAUACAUCAAGUGUACGAUGGGAAAAUCGACAUUAGUCGAAUCCACACUCCCCUCUCUCUCCGGUAGCGGUGCGUGGAGUGCUGCUGUGUAUAUGUGUAUAUAUAUGCAAUAAAUGGUACAUAUAUUCGAC